GUGAGCGAGCGAGCGAGCGAAGGAGGGAGGAAACCGGGCAGGUGACACCGCGCUAGGUUGGCUCCGGCUCGGCGGGAGCGGAGCCGGCAGCGGAGGCCAUGCACGUCAAUGGGAAGGUGGCUCUUGUCACCGGCGGGGCGCAGGGCAUCGGCCGGGCUUUCGUCCAGGCGCUACUGGGCAAGGGCGCCAAGGUGGCCCUGCUGGAUCGCAACUCCGAGGCUGGGCAGGAGAGCAAGGCGGCCCUGGACGAGCAGUUUGAAGCGCAGAGGACGAUGUUCAUCCAGUGCGACGUUACGGACCAGGAGCAGCUGAAAGGUGCUUUCAGAAAGGUAAUUGAACAUUUUGGAAGGCUGGAUAUUGUGGUUAAUAAUGCUGGAGUGAACAAUGAGAAGGACUGGGAAAGCACUAUACAAAUUAACUUGACAUCUGUGAUUAGAGGAACCUACCUCGGCCUAGAAUACAUGAGAAAAGGAAAUGGAGGUGAUGGAGGAGUAAUCAUUAAUAUCUCAUCUUUGGCAGGACUCAUGCCUGCUGCAUUUCAACCUGUGUAUUGUGCUACAAAGCAUGGUGUAAUUGGAUUCACACGGUCAAUAGCAUUAGCUGCUAAUAUGGAAAACUACGGUGUAAGACUCAACACAAUUUGUCCAGGAUUCGUCAACACACCAAUUCUUCAGUCAAUAGAUAAAGAAGAGAAUAUGGGACAAUAUUAUUCAUAUAAGGAUGAGAUCAAAAAUAUGAUGCGAUUCUAUGGUGUGAUGGACCCAUCAAGAAUAGCUGAGGGACUGAUAACAAUUAUUGAAGAUGAUACUCUAAAUGGAGAAGUUAUGAAGAUUACAGCAUCCCAAGGGAUUCAUUUUCAACAAUACAGCCAAACACCUUUUACAUCAAAGAGAUAAAUAAUUGGUUCACGCUGAUUAUUUUGGUCUUUUCUUAAAUACAAAAAAUUUUGAAGAGUAAUUUUUGGGAAAAAAUGGUUAGUGCUGUAUCUAGAGCAGUGACUGUUCAAAUGUUCACAUCCUAAUAACAAAGAGAUGGACAAUAAAAUCUGGUGUGGGCAGAUGUUAACAUCUUAUUUUAAUACCAUAAGCACUAAUAAUAGUAUUUAUUCAGUAGAAUAAACACACUGCUCUGAAGAUUUUUUUAUUAUAUAAUAAUAGGGGCCAGUUUUUUUCCCUCUGGUAGUUCUGAUCUACAUACUCCAAGCAUAUUUUGGUGGACUUGACUUACUUCAUAUAAUUCUUUUCACUCUCUUAAGCCUGCUCUGAAUCUCUUCCCUAAUUCUUCAAACUGGGAUUCAGUUCAGGAAUCUAGAACACAAAUAUACCUAUGAGUUAAGAAUUUACUUUUUCUUAUGAAAUCUAAAACAGAACACAGGGCAAAAUUUUCUUUCCUCCUUUAUAUAUGCAACUGACUGUGUUGCAUGACGCAAAAAUAUUACAGAUUUUUAUCUUCUUAGAUUUUAGCUAUUUAUAAAACAGUUCAGUAAUGUUUUUGUUUUCUUUUAUAGAUAUACACAUAUGAAUUUUCUCUUUCUGUAUAUACAAGGAUGAAUACUUUGGCAUUGACUGAAAUGUCUACUUACUCAUUAAAUCUGAUUUUAUAAAACUUUAAAUCUAAUUUCUUGCCUUGAUUGAUUAAAACCUCAAUUAAAUGCUGAAUUAUCUGA